AUGAGGUAAUCUAACAAUGAAAAGUCCCUUCCUGUACAAGGAAAUGCCAUUGAUAGACAAUUCUACUAUAAUCUCCUAUCUCUUGAGAAGGCCAUAAUCAAAGAACCACAACUUGAUGCUGUGCAGUAGGCUCUUGCUAUGUAUAGAAAGUGCGUGGAGUAUUUUGAUAAUAUACAGGAUCCUAUCAAAUAUUACUUUUUGGAUAAGAUCCAAUAGGCUUUGAGUGAAACCAAAACACUGAUGCUCAUAAUUAAUUCCAGAUCAGAAAUUGAGUCUUCCAAGACUAUCAGUCCUGUGAAGAGAUCCUCCAUCUCAGACCUGCCUCCCCCACUUUUAUCCGAUCAAUAGAUUAUGGAUAAGAAACUCAGAUCCAAAUAAGUGACCCUAUAAAUCAAGUUGCAUGAAGCUGCUGAUUAGCAAUCUGAAAUGCUCAAUACGAUGGUCACAGAUUUUACAACCAAUACUACAAGUACGGAUCAAAAGGUUAGAUAGGAUUUGAAUUAACAAGCAGACAUAAUACAAGCAAGAAUACUCAAGAGAUAGCAAAGUACUAAAAUGAAAGGUUGUUCAUCUAUGCAAACAUUGUUAUGA